GUAACUUUGGUUGUUGAACGUGAAUAAGAGUUCUGAGUGUUCUCCCGUGGAAUAGUCUCAACGAUCAUCAUCGUUGGGGAAACCACGUUAAUCUUGGUGUGUUGCAAUCCUUGUUUAAGGUUUAUUGACAUGGUAUCAGAGCAUCUCUGAUUCGAUUUUUGGUUGUGGGUUCUCUGCCGUUUCUGUUCUUGUGCGGAUUCAUCUUCGUGGUUGGGUAUUGGUAAGCUGCCGUUCUUGUUUUGUGCAGCAGCUUUGUGGUCUCCGCCGUUCAUUUUCUUGCGCGGAUUCAUCUUCGUGGUUCGGUAUUGGUAAGCUACCGUUCUUGUUUUGUGCAGCCGCAUUGUGGUAGGUGUUGUUUGUGGUCUUCACCUCCUGUUCUCGGCCGCAUUCCUGUUGGUUUUCUUAUCUUUGGUUGAUGUCGAGUUGUUGGGUUAAUUGUCAGGCUAUCUAUCCACUUUGUGAAACCAUGGAAGGUUCCAAACUUGAGGCUGUUACUGCUAGGCUGAAUGGAAAAAUUUCCCUUUACUGAAGCGCCUCCUCCCUAUACUUGAUGGGUCUUCUCCGGCGAAAGAAUCUACUACUUCUAAGGCUCUGACAUACUGGGCAAUUGAGAAUGCCCAAGUCAUGUCCUCGAUCCUGUGGUCGGUCAAGCCCGCCAUGGCUCUGAGUCUCCGGGGGUUCACUACUACCGCUGCUAUGUGGAAACAUCUCCACGACAUUCACUCCCUGGUGAAUGCAUCUCGGAAAUUCGAGCUUGAUAUUAAGCUCGCUUCUUUGCAACAGGGCGAUUUAGAUGUCCGCUCCUACUAUCAAGCGACUUUGAAUUUGUGGACCAAGCAAGAUUUAUUAACUGCCUCCCUGGUGUCCACAUCAGCCUCGACUGAGGUACUUAAAGAGCGGGCUACCUCUCAUUUGAUGCAUUUUUUUAAUGAAGCUCAAUCCAGCGUUUGAGGGUAUUCGGUCUUCUCUCCUUCACCGGAAUGUUGGUUCUGUCGAGGAAGUGCUGGGUGAAUUGGUAAGGGAGGAAACGCGCCUUCGCAGUCAAGCAAAGCUUGAUCUUCAUGCUUCUGAUUCCGGUGCGGUGUUUGCCGUUCAGUCGGGCCGUCCUCAGUUCUGACGAACUCCUUCGGGCGAGAUCAUUUGCUACCACUGCAAGGAACAUAGCCAUGUUUAGGUUCGUUGUCCGAAGCGUGUUGUGUGCAACUACUGUAAAGCGUCGGGACAUGUGAUUGGAGAUUGUCCCGUCCUUUCUCGUCGUGGACGAGCUCGACCUGGGUCGGGCUCACGGGCUGUCUCUCAUGGUGACAAUCAUUCGGCUGCUACCUACAAGUCUCUUGUUGGUCGUGGAUCCUCUGGCAAUGUUUAUGCUACUCAUUAUGCUCCGCCUACUUCCACUACAUCCUCUGUUGCAGUUUCCUCGAAUGAGUUUCGUUGCUUAAUAUGUGAAGCUUUGCAGGGAAUAGCCUCACCAUCUACGACGGUGGCCUUCGCCACUGGUACAAUCUCUCGACCUCUUUCUCCUUAGCAUCUUGAUUCUGCUGCUGUGAAUCACAUGACCAGUGAUUGGUCAUAUCUUACUCAUGUUCGUCCUAGUUCUGGUAUUACGUUGCAAGUAGCUGAUGGGUCUCAUAUUUCUGUUCAUGGUAUUGGGACUGUUCGGAAUUCUCACAUGGAGCUGCCACAUACAUUUUAUGUUCCGAAAUUAGUUCCCAAGUUGGUUUCAGUGGGCCAACUUGCUGAUGAGGGUUGUAGAGUUGUGUUUGAUGCUCAUGGUUGCGCUGUGCAGGACAUGAUGACGGGCCAGGAGAUCGGGAGAGGGAGUAAGUACGGACGGGUGUAUAUGCUUGAUGACUUUUCUAGGCAGCCUGUUGAUCGAGGACGACAGUUUGAGUUGCCUAGUGAAGCCGCAAGCAAUACACGUUCUACUGCUGUGGUAUUGUUGUCCCGUUCCCCUUUAUCUUUUUAUAACACUAGUUUUUUAGUACCACUGUCGGAUUGGGAUUUGUGGCAUUAUCGAUUAGGACACCCUCAUAAGUUGAGAUUAUUUGAUAUGUUUAAGAAUAAGUGGUUGUCUGGCACAGUUGCACUAUUCCUGAUCAUGAUUGUGUUCAUUGUGUGGAGGCUAAAAUUUCACAGCGGUCUUUUGGUACCAACCUUACUGAGUACUCGGAACCUUUUGAUUUAGUUCAUACUGAUCUUUAGGGCCCUUCUCUUGUCACUGCUCGUUUGGGGUUUCGCUAUUUUGCUCUCUUUGUUGAUUAGGUCACUCGCUUCACGUGGAUUUAUGUUCUUAAACAGAAAUCUGAGUUGAUUGAUGUUGCUCGAGAAUUUAUCCAGAUGGUGUCUACACAAUUUGGCAAGGUGAUCAAGAUACUGCGGUCCGAUCCUGGUGAUGAAUUUGUGUCUCACCCGCUCCAAGACAUGUUCCGUCAGACAGGGAUUCUUUCCCAACAGUCCUAUCCUGGUGUAUCCCAACAAAAUGGGGUGGUUGAACGCAAAAAUUGCCACGUUCUGGAGCUCACUCGUGCCUUGCUCUUUCACUCGCAAUUUCCUCCUAGAUUCUGGGUUGAGGCGGUUCAUACUGUUGUUUAUCUUAUCGAUCGUCAGAUUACUCCAGUUCUUGAUCAGCGUAGCCCCUACCAGGUCCUCUUCUCUCGACUUCCUGAUUAUACAUGGCUUCGCGUUUUCGGGUGUGUUUGCUAUGUUCUUCUUCCUCGUCGAGAGCGUCACAAGCUCUCUCCUGAAGCUGUCAAGUGUGUAUUUGUCGGAUACAGUAACAAACACAAGGGCUACGCUUGUUAUGAUGUUGCUGCUCAUCGUCUUCGCAUCUCAUGUCAUGUUGUGUUUUUGGAACACAACCCAUAUUAUGCUUCAGACACAUCUAUUAACACCUCACAGUGGGAUUUCUUGGCACGAUUACCUUCCUUCCCAGCAGCUCCAGCUUCGCCUGACCUGGAUGAUGUGGAUCCUCCUCUUACGUCGCCCCAUACAAGCUUGUUGUCAUUCACAUCUGAUUCGUCACCCUCCCUGACCGCCUCGGCUUCCUCCUCUUCCUCGCAGUCCACAUUGGGUUCUUCUACUUCAAAGGUUGCGGAGGUUCCUCCUCUUAUAAGGUCUAAUCAGGCUAACAAGGGACAACCCCCUGCCAGCCACUCAGACUUUGUUGCCUACUCAGCAGUCUGAAACUUAGGCGUAUAAACAAGCUCAAGGUCUUGCGCGAUGGGAAGCAACCAUGGAUACUGAAACUCAGGCGUUAGAGGCGCAACAUACCUGGAUCUUGUGCCUCGACGUCCAGAGUACACGGUUAUCGACAGUACGUGGGUGUAUGCACUGAAGUGUCAUCCUGAUGGCUCGAUUGAACGCGAGAAGGCUCGGGUUGUGGCUCAAGGAUUUAAACAACAGUUUGGAGUAGACUACGAGGAAAUAGUUGCUCUUGUUGCUAAAAUGCAAACGGUGCGAAAGUCUUAUUGUCGUCGCGGCUAUGCAGGCUUGGUCGUUGGUUGAGUUAGAUGUCAAGAAUGCCUUCCUGCACGAGGAGUUGAAUGAAAUGAUCUAUAUGGAGCGGUCUCCAGGUUAUGCCAAGGGCGAUAAGUCUAUGGUUUGUCGUCUUUGGCGGUCCCUCUAUGGCUUGAAGCAGACUCCUCGUGCUUGGUUUGAGAAGUUUCAGGCCACUGUUCUUGAGCUGGUUUUGUUCAGAGUGCUAAUGAUAUGUCUCUCUUCCUACAUCGCAAGGGUCGAGGUAUUACUGUCCUCCUUAUUUAUGUAGAUGAUAUGAUUAUCAGUGGUAAUGACCAGGAGGGAAUCCAAUCUCUCACUGCCUCUCUUCGUGAGGCCUUCAAUCUCAAGGAACUGGGGACAUUAUCUUACUUUUUGGGCCUGGAAUUUGAUUGCUCUGCCACAGGUUUUCAUGUUUGCUAGCAUAAAUACAUUUUGAUUUCUUAGAAGUGGCGCAGAUGGAGGCCUGUGUUCCUUGUGCUACUCCCAAAAUUUGAAGUUGACACUUUCCUCUAGUGAGCUACUUCCAGAUGGUAAGCUAUAUCGCCUUAUUGUGGGGAGUUUGAUAUAUCUAACUCACACUAGACCUGACAUUGCUUAUGGAGUUCAGGUGGUUAAUCAGUAUAUGUUGGAUCCUCGCACUACUCACUAGCUUGCUGUUAAGCGUAUCAUGCGCUAUCUGCGUGGAACGUAGUCUGUGGGUUUGUUCUUUCUGGUUGGGGCAGCCCUAUUCUGGAAGCCUAUGCAGAUGGUGAUUAUGUCGGUUUCUUGGAUACUCGCCGAUCGACAUCCAGGUGGUGUGUGAAAUUUUGCUCUUCAUUUGUUUCCUGGCGAUGCAAAAAACAAGAGCGGGUGGCUAAGUCUUCCACUGAAGCGAAGUAUCGAUCCAUGAGUGAAGUCACCUCGGAAUUGGUGUGGCUACAACGCUUAUUUGUUGAUUUUGGGGGUGGUAUGUCGCAUUCCUAUUCGCCUCUAUGCGGACAACAUAAGUGCCAUUCGGAUUGCGACUAACCCAGUUCUGCAUGAUCGCACUAAGCACAUCAAGGUUCAUGUGCCUUAUAUACGGCAACUGGUGACUGAUGGGAUUAUCGAUCUUACCUACAUUACAUCUGAAGAUGAGACUGCCGACCUAUUAACCAAGGCGGUGGCAUCAGCUCAUAAUUGGUUCCUUGCUCACAAAUUGAUGUUGCGUCAGCACAUCAAUUUGAGGGAGGGUGUUAGAAGAUAAAGAUUUUAGUACCUUAUUGUAAUUAGCCGUAUAUAAAUAUGUUAAUUUUUGACGUGGAUUAGGGUUAGUAUGGGAGGCCGAGAUAUAUACUCGAGUAAAGGGUUGUAGCUUUUGUAACUUUUGUUGCUGAACGUGAAUAAGAGUUCUGAGUGUUCUCCCGUGGAAUAGUCUCAACGAUCAUCAUCGUUGGGGAAACCACGUUAAUCUUGGUGUAUUGCAAUCCUUGUUUAAGGUUUAUUGACAAGAUAAUCGUUGCAUGUGUCGUUUUACAUUAUUGGACUUUACAGUCACUAUUUCUCAUAUCUUACUGUACUAUAUGACAAAUCAGCAUAGUGUGUAUAGAGUAGGGUGUGCUAUUUAAUAGCCGAUGAGUAUGUUAUUUAUCAAACCCAGGCGGUUUAUGUACUCUUACUUUAGCAAAUUACAACUUAUCUAACGGUAGAAAUGUUGUUUUAAGCUAUUAAACUAAACAAACAAGUAACUAAAAUGAGGUUGAAUUCAAGUGAGAGAGGCGGAGAGCUUCACUCGGAUGAUUAUCCUCUAGUCUUGUGUUGAGAUGAUCAUGAUGACUUGAUGCUCUGGUGUGAUUUGCAUAUUAGAAAUACCGUUAAGAAAUCAAAACUAGUUAGGAGUUCCUACUUGAGUUGUCCUAAACUGUCUUAUUGCUUUAAUCGGAGAGGCAUACCAAACUACCGAAUUAGGAAAUUAGGGUAACCAAAUCCGCUCACUCGGGAAAUGACCAAGAACAACAUACAGAGACCUAUCAUGCUCGUUCAUGGCUCUCCUACAAUGAUUGAAUAGUGACCCAAAUUACCAUAAGGAGAUCUUUUCUCUCUUAAGUGAUUUGCCUCUAAUUUGAGAGAAUUGAUCAAGGACACUCAAUUUUUAUGAUAAAUACUCAAUUAAUGUAUAAUUAAACAUGCCAAUCACAACAUGGAGUUCACAAUAAUUAGUCUACAACAUCUUAGACUAGGGUUCGCUUCAUCCAAGUUAAAGGAUUAUCUACUAACAUAAGAGAAAAACUACAACUAAAGAGAAGAAAAAGCUCAUGGAAAGAUGAUUCUCAUUUUUGUUAAUUGCUUGAGAUGCUGUCAAAGAUGAAAUGUGGCCUCCUUUUGUCUUAGGUAGGUGAAAUUCCUCUCCAAUCUUCCUUCAUUGAUCGCUUUCUCUCUCUAGCAUGUGGAAACAGAAACUAAUCCCAUUCUAAAACUCUUCUCCCUUUGAAAUCUUAUCUCUUGUUUUUAUACCCGACAAUACACAUUUCACGAUCAUCUUUCACACCCGUGAUGUGUGCAUUGAAACUGUGAUCUCAGAACAAAAAAGCAUUGUUUCACAUACACACUUCACGCGCCCUGAGCUAGUAAUCCGUGCAAUCCCGCUAGACGUCCGAAUGCUCCUGGAAUUUUGCACACUUCAUGAUUUCAUUGUAUACUUCAUGUUCUCCUAUCCGUGACAAUUUUCUUUGAACCAUGAUCCAUUCAAUUUUCAGCACCUGGUCCCGUUUUCGAUCCAUUUUUUCCAACUUUCGAUCCUUGCAAUUUCGCCCAUUUUGCUUGCUAUAGCCUGAACAUACUAAAACAUUCAAAAACCUAGCGUAAAAUGGCUCCAAGGAUGAUAUUAUACAAGUCAAAACAUAGUAAAAUGGGUCAAAACAUGUAUAGAAUGACUCGAAUCACCAAUCGACAUUAGCAAAGUAAUAGGAGAGAUACACAACUUAAUGAGAAUGUUACAACCUUCUUGGUUGGAGCAAUGGAAUUGCACAACGGACAAGAAGAUGGUCAAAAUUGAUUAUGGGAAAAUAGUAGUUUAUCAGAAAACAACCUUUUCUUUGAAAUAGAAAUGUGCAAUUUUAUUUCUAAAAAAUCUGCUCAAAAAUGAAACUUUGAGAUUUUA